CCGCUCCAACAGUACAACAAGCUCGCAAGAUGGCGGCGGCCGAGCGAGUCGUCGUCGAGGGGGGCGAGGCUGACGCACUUCCGGGGCCGCCCCUUCUCCGUGACGUAAAUUCCCGCCCCUCCCUCUCGAUAGACGCCGUUGCCGUGGCAGCGGUCGGGGAGCCGGGAUGCGUUUUGCCGGGGAUCCCAGGAGUGGCAGGCGCGCCUAGGGGCAGUUUCAUGAGCCGACCAGACACAGUGGCUGAGGCUGCGACGCCGGAGACUGGAGCCACGAGGAUGGCACACCUGCUGGGCAGCCAGGCCUGCAUGGACAGCCUGCGCAGGGACCUCACCGACCUUCAGGGCACCAUCGUGGACGUGUUCUCGCGUGCCGGGCCCGUGCACUUCCCCUCCUGGAAGUUCCCUGACCGCAUGGCCUGUGACCUGGACAUGGUGGCCCUGCUAGAGCACUACGACCACGUGCCAGGUGACCCCGAGUUCACACAGCUGUCCCACGCUGUGCUGCUGGAGCUGGUCAUCGACAGGCUCCUGCUGCUGCUUCAGAGCUGUGCGAGCUACUUGGAGAACCUCAGCGUGGAGCAGACGGUGCCCCCCGCCAGGGCUUCCAGGCCCUGCAUGUCUGUGGGGCUCACGGUGCGGCGCUUCUGGAACAGCCUGCUGAGGCUGGUCAUGCUCAUUCGGCAGGUGGCCCCCCAGAAAAGGGCAAACCAAGGGGAGACCCCCACCUCCAAGCCCACAGCCAAGGGCGAGCCAGCCAGGAGCCCUGAAUUUGUGACCGCCAAGCUCAUCAAGCCCACCUCACCAAUGCCAGGGUUGCCCCAGACCUGCCAAGAGCUGGACAGACUCCCUGUCAGCGUUUCCCUGCAGUGUCCAGCCAGAACGGCCGAAAACACCAGGAGUGUCCACUCCCAGACCAUGGAGACAGCCCUGGUGCCCUGUGAUGCAUGCACCAGCGUCCAGGGCAGCCUGCAGGAGGUGGGCAAGAUGGUCAUCAGCCUGUGUCAGAGCCAGAACUUGCCCUCAUCCUUAGGCCAGUUCCAGCAUCUGGUGCAGGACAGCAUGGGGCUCAGGCCGCUGCCGGCCACCACCAUGGGCCACUGGGCGGCCGAGCAGAGCAAAGACCUGGCACGCCUCAGCAAGCACAUGGGGGCCCUCACUCAGCUCAUGGGGCCCCUCAGGGCCCAGCUGGAGGAGGCUAAGGGGCAGAAGGACAGACUGAGGAAGCAAGUGGGUGAGCUGGAGCAGGCCCUGCAGCAGGAGCAGGGGGCACAGCGGCGGCAGGCGGACGAGGCCGAGCAGCGCCUGGCCCAGUGGGAGCGCGACAGGCGGCAGCUGCUUGCAGAAACAAGUGACCUCAAGACAAAGGUGUCCACCCUGGAGGGGGAGCUGAAGCAGCAGCGGGAGUCUACGCGGGCCGUGGAGGCGAAGGCCCAGGAGCUGCAAGAGGAGGCUGAGCACAGGGCGGAGGCUGAGAGGCAGGUGCAGCAGCUGGAAGAGCAGGUGCAGCUGCUGGCAGGGCGGCUGGACGGAGCCAGCCAGCAGAUCCGCUGGGCCAGCACAGAGCUGGACAAGGAGAAGGUCCGUGUCGAUAGCAUGGUCCGCCACCAGGAGUCCCUGCAGGCCAAACAGCGAGCCCUGCUACAGCAGCUGGACACCCUGGACCAGGAGCGUGAGGAGCUGAGGGGCAGUUUGGCUGAGGCCGAGGCCCAGCGGGUCCACGUGGAGAAGCAACUGCAGCAUGUGCAGAGCGAGAGGGAGCAGGGGCAGUGCCAGCUCCGGGCCCAGCAGGAGCUGCUGCAGAGCCUGCAGCGAGAGAAGCAAGGCCUGGAGCAGGCAACAGCGGAUCUGCAGCUGACCAUCUCGGAGCGAGAACGUGAGCUCGUGGAGUUGAGGGAGCGGGAGAGGCUGCUGGUGGCCUUUCCGGACCUGCACAGGCCUGUGGAAGCCCAGAUCCAAAGCUCUGGCAACGUCACGGACGACAUGGAGAGGCAGGUGCAGGCCAACGACAUCCGUAUCCGGGUCCUACAGGAGGAGAACAGGCGGCUGCGAUCCAUGCUGUCUAAGAUCCGGGAGGUGGCCCAGCAGGGGGCCCUCAAGCUGAUCCCACAGGACCAGCUCUGGGCCCCUCCCAGCAAGGGAAUCCACAGAGCAGCGCCCCCAGCCCAGGCCCAGAGAGCAUCUCCAGGGCCCCUGGGCAGGCAGCACUCACCUGGCAGCAGGACGGCCAGUGCGGGCAGGACCCCACCGGGCCAGCCCCAGGCCUCCCCGCCUCAGCAGCCCUGCAGUCGACCCAGCAAGUCCUCCCUAGAGGAUGUGACCCACUCGACCACCUGUGCCCAGAACCCCAUCCGGGCCUUGGCCAGGCUGAGAAGGAGACUGUCACCAAGCCGGGGCCAGGCCAGCCCUGCAUACCAGCCCCAGGAGCGGCCCACGUAGCCUGCAGUGGGGUGGGGCUGGAGGGCGGGAAGCUGGCAACCCACCCCAUGUAAUAAAGCCCAGGCCAUCUGCUCACAGCGACCUUGGCCUCACCACACUGGCUCAGCAGAG